AUGGAUCCGACAGAGCACGAGUUUCCAUUUCUAGAGGAGGUGUAUACUCCUCAAGAGGCUCAUAAGAUCGACUUCAUCUUCGUCCAUGGCCUCAAUGCACGAGGUCGAAAUGACCAUCCAUUCAAGACCUGGACCCAUGAUAAUGGGAAGUUCUGGCCAAGGGACUUCCUGGCGGAGGAUAUCCCAUACUCGCGAGUAUUUGUGUAUGGAUACAACGCGAACAUCACCAACCCACAGACGAUGUCAACAGCAAGCAUCAAAGACCAUGCCAACACUCUGCUGAACUUGCUGGACAUGGAGCGCGGUCUGCAGUUUCAAUCUCUGCCGCCCAAAAUCAUUUUCAUCGGACACAGUCUCGGAGGGUUGGUUAUUAAACAGGCGCUCCUGAAUGCCAAAGAAGAUCCCAAGUACAACACUAUCCGCACUUCAACAUCCGGUCUGGUUUUCUUUGGCACCCCACACCGAGGAGCGAAGGCUGUCGAGUUGGGUAAAAUCGCCGCCCGCGUCGCCCGAUUUGUCUCCAAGGGCCAUGCCAGCAACGACUUAUUAGACUGUUUGGAGCACAACUCGCUCUUCACACGACAAAUGUCUGAUCGAUUCCGUCAUCAACUGGAAGACUACCGCGUGGUCAGUUUUAUCGAAGGCAAGGAAGUCUUCUUGGGGGCCGCCGGACCCGCCUCACUUAGCCAUUUGGUGGUUGAUGAGGAAUCAGCUGUCCUUGGACUGUCAGGUCUUCGCGAAACACAGCUGAAGCUCGAUGCUGAUCACUCGCAAAUGUGCAAAGUGGGCUCUCGAGGUCCAAUGUAUCGCCUUAUCAAGGGAAACAUCAAGCAACUAGUCGACCAGGCCCUUUUGUCCGAGCAAGGCUUCAUUCCACAGCCAUCCCCUCAGCCCUCAAUGGGGUACAAUGCACCUCCACUUCCUCCUCGCAUGCACUCCAACAGCAGCGCACCAUAUGCUCCUCCUGCUCCUGGACGAGCGCCUCAGCCGGCCCAGAGGAUAAGUGGUGCGAUGUUUGCUCCGUUGGAUAACGAUCCACGAUCCAUUCGGGCAGCAGAGUUGAAAAAUCGUGCAAACUGGGACGAGGCUCGAAAUGUCGAAUACGAGAUUUUCCAGGAGCACUUACGAACGCUGGGCGCCGACCAUGCCAGUACUCUCGCCGUUGGAUACGAUUUGGCCGAAAUCGAGCUCGAGGCGAGUUACCUGGAAAAGGCGAGUGAGUGGUGCCACUGGGUCACCGAUAACUCUCGUCGCGUGUUUGGGAAUAGUCACACGCUUCCCAUGCGAUCAGAGAGUCUCAUGGCUGAAAUUCUCUGUCAAAAAGGCAAGUACCAGGAGGCAGAGUCAAUAUGUGCAAAUGUUCUGGCCCGCCAGCAAAUGAGCAUUGGUGAAGAUCAUCUUGAUACGCUAGAUACUCGGCGCCGGCUCGGUAUGGCUUACAACGCCCUCAAUCGCCGAGAAAGUGCCAUCAUCACCGCUGAAAAGCUGACAGACAGUCUGAAACGUUUGCUGGGUGACAAUCAUGUCCGCGUAUUUUGGGCUUUGCUGGAUGCGCUGGAAUAUUUAAUUUACAAUCAUGGAGAUGAAAGAGCAGCUCUGGUGAGAGCGUUUGAGCCUGAGGUGCAGCAAGCAUUCGAGCUCUUGCCACAAGUAUACGAGGAACUGCGGGCUGGUCUGGGUGAUAAGCACCCCGUCACAAUUCGAGCCUUGUCCUUGCAUGGUCGAGGAUUGACUCGUGCGCAUCAAAUCAUGGAGGCCUCCGAAACUCUCCGUCGAGCUCUCGCGGUUUCAGAAGAUGCAUUGGGACCAGAACAUCCUCUAACCAUAGACAUCGUUGGAAGCAUCGCUAUGAUGUAUACCCUUCAAGGAGCUUUGCACACUACUGGUAAUCCACCAUCCGAGGCCAUUCCUUGGAUGGCGCGGUACCUAAAAUGGGUCGAGCAGCGAAGGGGCCUCGAUAAUCCAGAGACGCAGACCUCCCUCGAGAUGCUUGGGAAUCUUCAUCUCAUUGCCGAGGAAUAUGAGGUUGCUCAAAGAUAUUUUGAGCGUGCUCUGGCUGCGUGUCGCGGAGCUCAGGCCACUGCAACGCAGGAGCGCUUAUCGACUCAGCUUCGGCUCUGUCAGGCUCAUACUAUGUUUACUACUCGUCGUAGCCCGGGGUCAGGGCUUGGGGGGUUCUUUUCCCAAUUGCAACGGUUCUAG